GCUCACUCUUACUAACCACACUUGCAUUAAAUUGGAGUGUGAAGUUGGUCUAUUAGAAGCAUCAUCAUCGUCAAGAACACCAGCAAAGGAGGAGGAGAAGGUAAAUUCUGGGGGCAGGUAGCAGAAAUGGAAGCAGAAGAGGGUGGCUGUAUAUCGGCACCUUCAACACCAACAACACCAUCCACACCCGGCGCCCCAUUGUUUUCAAGGUUCAGGCAUGAAAUGGCUGGCAACGGCAAUGGUAAUGGCAAUGGCGGCAGAAGAAACCUUCUUAAGAGCUGUAAGUGCUUCAAUGUGGAAGGGUGGGGUUUAGAGGAGGGAAGCUUGCCUUCCAUCUCAUGCACAUUGCCUUCUCCUCCUGUAUCACUCGCAAGAAAGGUCGGAGCAGAGCUGAUAGGAACGAUGAUACUAAUAUUUGCAGGAACUGGAACCGCAGUUGUGAAUGAAGAGAGAAAAGGAAGUGAAGGGCUGCUAGGGUUGGCUGUAUCCACUGGUCUUGCUGUUAUGAUUGUCAUUCUUUCCACCGGCCACAUCUCUGGGGCUCAUCUCAACCCUGCUGUCACUCUUGCCUUUGCUGCCCUCAAACACUUCCCCUGGAAACAUGUUCCAGUUUAUAUAGGUGCACAAUUGAUGGCAUCAUUGGGGGCAGCAUUCAUAGUGAAGGCAGUCUUCCAUCCCAUAAUGGGGGGUGGAGGUGUCACAGUUCCUACUUCUGGUGGUUGUGGUGGGGAUUGCCACCUUCAAGCUUUUUCUUUGGAAUUCAUCAUCAGCUUCAACCUCAUGUUUGUUGUUACCCGCGGUUUCCACCGACACUCGAGCUGUGGGAGAGCUUGCAGGAAUUGCAGUGGGAGCCACUGUCGCACUCAACAUACUUAUAGCAGGAGAAACAACUGGAGCAUCCAUGAAUCCCGUACGAACUCUUGGACCAGCAAUAGCAGCAGGAAACUACACAGCUUUAUGGAUAUACUUGACUGCUCCCAUUUUG